AAGAACGAGGGUUCUCUUGUUGUGAUAAGAAAGUUCUGUAUAUUUCAAUGUUUUUCUCUCAGUAAAAUAUGGCUCAUAUUCAAUAUACUGACGGUCUAGUUCGUGAAUACGUUCUUUUCCGUGGAUUUUCCAAUACUUUGAAAUCAUUCGAUGCGGAAUUAAAGAACGACAAAGAUAAAAGUUUUCGCGUGGAUAAAAUUAUCGAUCAGCUAAUGCAGCUGAUUCAGGCGCAUGAUCUCCAAGGACUUCGGGACCUUUGGGCUCAUUUAAAUAACCAUCUGUUCCGAAAUUUGGAACAUAGCUUUACUACUGCCGUAAACAAAUUGGAACAAUCGAUCUUCAAGUUUUACUUGGUCAUUGCGUAUAUGUCGAAUAAACCUGAGAAAGUUAAUGAAUUUUUCACAAAAUUGGCAUCGGAACUUGUCUCACAAAGCGAAUGGAAAGAGUGGUUUUUUUUUCCGUUCUGUAAAAACCCGGAAGAACAUUCUGCUUUCGCAGUUUGCUUUACGAAACAGUGGCAGGAUACUUUGCUGAUUUCGUUGCACAACUUUUUAUCCACCAUUUACCAAUGCAUGCCUCAGCCAACCAUUUCGAAGGUGGACGCAGAGAGUAAUCUGCUUCGUAAGUUACAGGAAGAAAAUGCCCAACUGCGCGCCAAACUUCAGAGUAUACAACAGCAUACGGCACCUACUGCUACAAGUUCCUCGCACCAAUCGAGAGUAUCUUCGUUCCACGAGCAAAAGUAUACACUUGACGGAAAAACUCGCUACAGCUCUCGAGCGGCCGGAAACGCUCAAUUUCUAAAUGAUAUCAUUCCUUUCGACAUUCCCCCUCCACCUCAUAUAGUGGAUGAUUUUUACAUAAUAGCCCAGGAAACCAACAACAUUGGUAAUGCGGCGGAAUCUCAAGCACGUGGACUCAAAUCGUUGAUCAAAAACAUCAGUUCCGGUGGCAGUCCAGUGUUGGGACGUAAGGAUACAACGUCCGAUAGAAACAAGAAGCGAUCGGGGAGCGUAGGCAGUCGUAACAAUUGGAUCCAUAGUUAAGUGUAAAGGCGGAAAUAUUUGUGUGUUUGUCAUAUGUACCUAUAUAAACAAUAAAGGAUCUCAGCAUGGAUGUAUUAUCAAAGGUG